AUGUCCAAGGAAAACACAACUUUCGAUGGCUUAACUGCCAACGAUGCUACCUUCUUUGAAGACUUUGAAAGAAACGAGAAGACGAGGGACUCGAAGCCUUCGGUCUGGAGAAGAAUGAUGGGUAUCUUCACAUUUGCUUCUGUGAUGAUCUUGUUGUAUUUCAGCUACCAAGCUGAUGUCAAUUAUGCCAUCAAUUCCACCGCCUCUGCUAUCUCCAACAAGUUUUUGCAAACUGCUCCUGAAGAACCUGCUGUUCCUGCUCCUAUUAUCAAAGUGUUUGAAAUUCAGCCUGAACUUAAAGCUGACAAAACUUCCAACACUUCUGUAGUCUAUGAAAAUCAGCAAUUAUCCAAUGGCUUGUCUGCUUCUUUCUCUUCUCCAAAGCAUGCAGAAUAUGAUGGUGCCUUUUUGACUUUGAACUUCACAAACAGCGAUAACGAAACCCAGAACGUCAACGUAGUGGAAGUUUAUAUCGACGGCCAUCCAGUAUGGAGAAGCUCUACUCCAUUCGGUAAGCCAGGUUUCACAACUAUCUCCAGCACCACCAAAGACAUCUCCAAAUACCUCACUCUUUUGGAAGAAAAGCACAGUAAGUUCAGUGUCAAGGUCUUGGAAGGUUCUGCUGACAACGUCAACUUUUCUCUUGCUGUUACUACAACUAGCAGUGGAAAGGCCAAGAGUGCUAAACACACUCCUAUCACAGUAGACUCUCUCUUUACUCCAGCUGGUCAAGCUGACAAGCUCAUUCCUUUAACGAAGUCUAAGAAUGUGGCUUUUGAAUUGUCAAAGGAAGGUAAGUUUCAGAUAGAAUUGCCAAGAUUCAAUGGAAAAACCUCUUCGGCCAAGUUAGAACUAUUUGCUUCUACCAGCAAAGAAGAAGUCGACUACUUCAAGAAGGACGAUGCUCCAUUGCGUCUCUUGAACAUCUUCAUCAACGACCAAUACAUUUCUACCAUAUCUCCAAAGGCGACCUUGUACCAUCCAGGUUCCAUAGAUGCCAGCGACAACUUUGUUCCUGUCGCUGACUUCGGUAACUUUGUAGGUUUCACUUAUGAAGUUGACUUGGUUAAUGCCUUACCAUUAUUAUGGAGUGGAAGAACUACUUUGGAAGUCCAAGUUGUGUCUCCAGUUAACGAUGUCGAUACGGCUCCAGUCGGUAGUAUUGACCCUCAUCCUAAGCCAAUCUUGAAGGAUGAAAAUCAGAUCCCAGUCGAUUCUUGGUUUGUCUCUGGUAACAUUUUCUUGUGGGAACACAAGGCUAUUGUCAGUUCCAAGGGUAAAAUAAUUGAAGCUGUAGCUGAAGAAUCAGUCUCUGGUGUUUACUCUAAAUCACCAUCCUAUUCACCAUGGGCUCCUUCUCGUAAGAGUGAAGUAGUUAGUGACAAAAUCUCCUCCAACCAAUCUUCCAUUAUUAAGUUCUCGUUGAAGGACAAUUCCACCUUGUCAUUCAUUAUCAACCAAAACUUGACCAUAAGCAACGUUUUGACCAAGCUGGAACGGUCUUCUAAGAAGACUGUUGGUAACCCAUACGCCCCAGGUGGAAUUGCUGAGACCACUAAUCUUGAAUUAGUACUUACAAAUCACCAAAAGGUGAAAUUUGAAUUUCUUAACGCUACCUCUUCUGAAACUUUGUUGACAGUGGAAAGUAGUGUCUCUUUCCCAUUGACAUCUUCUGGCAAGAAGACUACUCAAGAAGGAAAGGACGACAAGACAACCUUAAAUGCUAACAUUGAUACCAAGAUAAAGAAAAAAGUCAAUGGAAAGGCUGUUCAUGAAUUAACCGUCAGUGAAAGCUUGCUCAACAACCAAUACGUUGGAACCAUCUCUAAUCUCAAGUAUAAGACCGAAAAAUUCAAGAAGUCCCUUCAAGUCAUCAAAGGACAUGUAAUUGACGAUACUUUGUGA